AUGUGGGGAUUUGGGGGAAGAUAUUACUGGGGAAGAAAGGAAAGGGAAAAAAUAGGGGGAAUUGUUGUGGCGUUUGCGUGGAUGUCUAGUGCGGACAGACACUUGAAGAAUUAUGUUGAUCUCUUUGCCUCCCUUGGAUGGAAUUCGCUGGUUUGCCACUCCCAAUUUCUCAAUCUAUUCUUUCCGGAUAAAGCUGCAUCAUUGGCGCUACAAAUUGUCGACGAGCUUGUUCGAGAGCUAAAACUCAGGCCUUGCCCUGUUGUGUUUGCAUCUUUUUCUGGGGGUCCUAAAGCUUGCAUGUACAAGGUUGUCCAGAUAAUUGAAGGAAAGUGUAAUCGAGAGCAAAUAAAUGUGGAUGACUGUUGGCUCAUAAGGAACUGUGUUUCGGGUCACAUUUUCGAUUCGACGCCAGUUGACUUUGUCAGCGACUUAGGUACCCGUUUUGUUCUCCACCCAUCUGUUCUUAAGAUGUCACGCCCUCCAAGGCUGGCAACUUGGAUUGCAAAGGGCAUAUCUUCCAGUUUAGAUGCACUCUUUCAGAGCAGAUUCGAAUCAGAACGUGCAGAGUAUUGGCAGACUCUCUACUCCACAGUAGUAAGUCAUUUUCGAAAUUAUCCAGAAGAAUACAGAGCUGCUGUGUCUGAGCUGCUCGGCAAAGCCGCCGAUAUUUUCUCCCACAAAAUAAGACAGCUUGAAGGUGAGAAAGUGGGCCACGAGGGCCUGCACGACCAAAUUUCCAACCCAUUUGGCAGCCUGACAAAAGCAACUGCAGAAUCGAGUCGGGGCUUCCCGAGAAGUGAGGUGAACUCGAAAGGCCGUUUUUUCAUGCCCAGUUCGUUGGAAUAUCACGAGGACCGAGUAGGGUCUGUGCAUGAUGAACAUGUUGAGCAACGUUAUGUGCCUCUUACAGGCCCGGCCCAAAUCAACAUGCAUGGAGUUCUUGGCCAUUUCCUCUUUGACGUUUGCAUCCCUAAGAAUGUCGAGGAUUGGGAUAUAAGAGCUUCGCCUAUGACCUUGAGACGAGGCACGUUUGCUUCUGGAAGACGGAAUUCACAUUUUAAUCCUAUAAUAAAAUGCAUUCGUCGCUCGAGGUUAUGA